AUGCCUCGGCUUCCAGAGUCAUUUGAGACAAUGGGAAAAGCAGAUCAGCAAAAGGCGUUAGAGCAAUACCACAAAAGAGAGCUUCAUUACUACUACUUUAUUGCUACAUAUAAGCAUAAUAAACCUCACUACGAUGCCAUGAAACCAGAAGCAACAAUGCCCAAACAAAAGCUGGUAGAAUACGCGAGCGCACCGUGGGAGAGCGAUAAUAUUUCUCUCAAAGCAGAACUUAUUCGAGCUAUUCAGAACUGGUCAGUACUUGCUGCAAACAACGCCAAUGGCUCGGUCCCCAAAUGUCCGAUAGACUUUUCAGACGAUGAAGUAGCGGAAUAUCUAAGCUUACAGGAUGAGCAAUAUCUCAUUGAUGUGAAUAUGGAGAAAAUCCGUGAUCGGAUUGGAAUCAGUACAGAUGGAUGGACUGCAAAUGAGAGAUAUGAAGAUGCUCUUGAGGAAAAUGAACAUGUAAAGACGGAGGCAUUGGCAACACUUGAUGAUGAUGCAUCAAAGAAGGAGUUUCUUGAAAACUGGCCGUUGGAUGAUCACGACGAGAGCUGGGAGGUUGAGGGCUCGUGA